UGAUAAAUGUAUUUUGUUUCACAAAUGUAUUUAGAGAGUGAAGACCAAAAAGGUCCUUAAUUUGUCAGGUAACUUGUACCAGACCCAUGUUUGUUCACCUUUAAGCUUUUCUCGGGGAAUACAUGCAGAUUUUAGGUGUUAAUGACAUCAAAGACUGGUUUUAAUCUCUUAUUAAGAUUUAUUAAAAUUUGGGGGAAAAUACAAUUUUGCAAGACCUGCUACAUUCGGCAUAAAAAUCUAAAUAUCAUCUGCAUACACAUUGAGUCUCUGUAUUCUCUGACUGACCUGCCUGCAGUCCACAUCUGUCUUGUUUGUAUAUAUAUGUAUAAUUUUUUUUCUGUAAACAAAUUCUUAAAUGAUGAAAACAUAUUAUUGCAUUUUCGAUAUACGUAUAUCGUACGUAUUAUCGUAUGAUUGCAGACCUAAACAUACCUCGUCGUAAACAUACCUCUUGCAAAUCCUUCGAAACUCUAUUUUUUUUUUCUUUUGCCUGUGUGUUACCAUUUACAAAUCCCGAUUUUACUGCGUUUGUUCCAUUUGUUUGAAGUGCAUCAUUCUUUCUUGACGCAUGGUUUUCGCAGUAAAACUGCCAUUUGUUGUGUCGGUGUGUGUGACUGUAUUCUAAUAAUACUUUGUACUGGCUAAGAGGAAACCAGGGGUUGAGACUUUGGGUUUCAACCACUUAACUAGUGGAGCUCAGCUGUCCCAAACAAUCACUUGGGGGAACACAGACACAUACACACACAUAUACACUGAGAGUCGGGGCUGGGUUGGGACUGGGCUGGGCUGGGCUGGGUGGGCCUGCUGGCAUUACUCAUCUAAAUCUCCCACCUGUUGAAGUCUCAUUUCAAAAGUAGAGCAUGUAAAGGAAAAGUUCGGACAGAAUUCACACAAGUUGUCAUUUCUGAAGGGACAACGGCCCUGGGAUUUUGGUGGAAAGCGAAGUUUAACGGUCAGUUUAAUUUUUUACAUGUGCAUGAACUGCUGUGAAAAUUCAUCUCCUGGACUGUUGUAGGUAAUCUCUUAUCAAUGUGCCUGCAAACUGUUCUAGCAAAUAGAGCAAUUUGAAAUGAUCGACGUGAUGUAUAUGUAAUCAAAUACGGUCGACAUAUUUUGAUGUUACUAAUAACCCCAGACUAAUCUUGGCUUUGUGUCGAAGUUGAUGCUGCUUCCUGAAAAGAUCCAUAUCCAACCCUAAUUUAACUAACUUGUGAAGUUUCUAAAACAUUUUUUUUCUUUCUACAGUGACCUCUACUGGUUAGGAAAAAGAACCCCGACCAAACACCAUGGCUCAUUUUGACUCGUUGGACGACAAAGACUCGGUGGACAUUCAUGACAACCCACCUCUACCUGAUAAUGUGGUGAAGGAGGAAGACAACAUGGUCUAUUUCAUCUACGAUGAGGAAGUUGAAGUGGAAGAGAAGGAUGAACUCCCUCCUGUGGAGCCAGUGAAACCAGUAAACGACAAACCUCACAAGUUCAAGGACCACUACUGCAAGAAACCAAAGUUCUGCGACGUCUGUGCAAGAAUGAUUGUCUUGAACAACAAGUUCGCGUUGCGAUGUAAGAAUUGCAAAACCAGCAUCCACCAUCAGUGUCAGUCCUAUGUGGAGUUUCAGAGGUGUUUUGGCAAAAUUCCUCCAGGAUUCAGGAGAGCCUACAGUUCGCCUCUGUACAGCAGUCAGCAGAACGCCACAGUCUCACAGCUGCUGCCCUUCUCGCAGUCCAACCGCACCGACCCCGUGUUUGAGACGCUGAGGAUCGGCGUGAUCAUGGCCAACAAGGAGCGCAAGAAAGGCUCGGAAGACAAGAAGAACAUGAUGAUGAUGGAAGAAGAUGAGUCCCAGCCAAAACAGGAGGAUGAGGGAGGAGAAGGAUCAAAUACAGAGGGAGAAAAAAGAGGAGACAAAGCUCCUGCAGAUGAGAAGAGUAAAAAGCCUCAGGCCGGAAAGAUUGGUGUCUUCAGUCAGUCUCACUACUAUCUGGCUCUUUACCGCUUCAAGGCGAUAGAGAAAGACGACCUGGAUGUGCAUGCUGGAGACAGAAUCACAGUGAUAGACGACUCCAACGAGGAAUGGUGGAGGGGGAAGAUUGGAGUGAGAACGGGCUUCAUACCUGCAAACUACAUCAUCAGAGUUAGAGCAGGGGAGAGCGUCUACAAGGUGACCCGCUCCUUUGUGGGUAACAGAGAGAUGGGCCAGAUCACUUUGAAGAAAGAUCAGGUUAGUAAACACAUUUGCACACACACACACACACAAACCUGGAGAUUUAUUGCAGUCCUUGGACCCCGCCCUCACCUUAACUGUUUAAAAAUAUAUAAACUAAAUAUUCAUUCUACAUUCAAGUCUAACCCGACCUAACUUCUAAUUCUUCUAAUUUAAACCCCAAAAUACCCUAUCAGUCAGUGCACCAGUCCCUACAAGUACAGGUGUUCCCACAAUAAUUGCGUUUUUGUCCCCACAAGUAUGGUUACACCAGUAUGACAUAGACACACAAAUAUAAAUUUAGUCAUGUGGUUACACACAGCGUGUGUCCUGACAUGAUUAACAAUGACCUGAAGUGUCUAUUUUUAGACAACACACACACACACUCAUGUCCACAUGUCAUGUGGACAUACAGAGACAAAUGUUGGUGGGCCGCUGAUUUACGUCCACUCCUGUUGUGAGGCCUCACAGCUGUUCCAUUCCAGCUCUGGUUGCAGUAAAUUAGCCUAAACCCUGACUUCUGUGCUUCUGCCUUGGUGUCACUUCUGAACCGAUAUAUUGAUCAGUUUAUGACUUUGUGUUUUUGAAUUUACGAGAAUGUGUUUUAUCACAAAAAACUUGAUUGUUAUCUCCAAAAUAUAUUUGACUUACAAGCUAUAUUUUAUAUUAAUUCACCAGAUUAUUCUUCCUUUGGACUUGAACUUUAGAUAUACUGAAUUCAGUUGACGGCAACAAGAAAAACACACCAAGAAAACUCAUACAGAGGUCCAUGUUUACAAAAACGUCAGUUAGUUCCCAGUUAAAUAACUCUGUUUGCUGUGUGUGUGUGUGUGUG